AUGUUUAACAGAGGAGAGAGAAUAACAUCGCUAGGCGGCGGCGUUGGUGGCAGCGGCGGUAAUGGGAAUGCCAAUAGCUCGGUCACUAGGAAUUUUAGCGGCACAAAUAACCACAUAAACUCUAACAACAAUGUGAAGCAAGAACUAGCAGAGGAGCAGAAGUCGGAAAUUAGAGAGGCGUUCCAGUUAUUUGAUAUGGAUGGUGAUGGACAACUUGACUACCAUGAAACAAAAGUAGCUUUUAGAGCGCUAGGAUUUGACUUAAGCAAACGCGAGGUUCUAGACAUUAUUCGAGAGUAUGAUCUCAAUGACUCGCAUCGAUUAUCGUAUGAGAAUUUUUUCAAAGUAGUUGGCGAAAUGAUAUUGAAACGGGAUCCAUUAGAAGAGAUUCGUCGUGCUUUUCAAUUGUUUGACACAGAGGGCACUGGAUUGAUAAGUGUACGAAGUCUUAAGAAGAUCUCGCGAGAUUUGGGCGAAAACUUAAGCGACGAGGAACUAAAAGCAAUGAUUGAAGAAUUCGAUCUAGAUGAAGACGGAGGAAUCAAUGAAGAAGAAUUUAUACGAAUUUGUACUGAAUAA